GAUAUAUAAAUUUGUGGCGUGCCAUAUCGAGCAAAUCAACCUCACAAGCCUGCGCACGUAUCGGGCAGGGCACAAUUUGCCUGCACGCCCGCACAACGCAGCUCUUUACGCGACUGUGGCCUUGAAAGCUCAACGCUCAUGUGCUAAGCUUAGGGUUAACGUAGGAGGUAGCCGGUAGACGCGCGGCGGUAGCAGCCGUGCACCAUGGGGAGCAAGCGCACGCGUGACGCCUCGGCGUCGCGGAGCCCUGAGCGUGGCGAGAAGGAGCGCAGCGGAAAGGCCUCGAAGCGGAAAGACAAGGAAAAGGAUAAAAGCAAGGACAAGGACAAAAGCAGGGAUAAGGACGGCAGUCAGAAGGAGAGGGAGAGGAGGGGCAGCGAUGGCGACCGAGCCGCGGGCGGCGGCGACAAGGAGGCUUCGCAGAAACGCUCGCGGCGUGAGGAGUCGCCGCCGCCGCCGCGCGGCUCGCGCUCCCCCUCCCCCAACGACCGAUACGACGGUGGCGCUGGCGCCGCCGCCGGCAGCCGCCGGGACGAUGGCCGGGACCGGGACCGGGACGCCCGAUCAGAGUACGGCAGGCGGGAUCAGCCAUACGACCGGCGCGAUGCCUCGUACGACAGGGGUGGCGACCGGCGAGACCGGGACCGGGACCCGUACCGAGAUCGGGACCGGGAUAGGGAUAGGGACCAUCGGAGCGGCGGACGUGACUACUACCACAGAUCUGACAGCUACCGUGACACCCGAGCCGUCAGGGACCGGGACAGGGACAGGGACAGGGACAGGGAGUACGGCUAUCGGGACCGCGAGCGGGAACGGGAACGGGAGCGCGAGCGCGAGCGCGGGAGAGAUUCGCGUGGGCGGCGGCGGCCGUCACGCUCCGCAUCCCGGUCACGCGGCUCGGAUUCGGAAUCCGGGUCCCGGGACGGCCGCCGCCACCGCCGGCGUCGCGGCGGGCGCUCGCGCUCCCGCUCGGAGUCCAAAUCUGUGUCCGGCCGCUCCAGCAGCAGCAGAAGCAGCGGCCGCAGCAGUAGCCGCAGCGACGGCAGUAGCAGCCGGAGCCGCAGCCGCAGCAGCGGCCGUUCGCGUUCCGCUUCGCCGGGCACGAAGGGCCGCAGCCGCCGGCCGCGCGGCGCCAAAUCAGGACGCAGCGGGAGCCGCAGCCACAGCCGGAGCCGCAGCCGGAGCCGGGAUCGUGAUGCCAAAAAGGCGGCGGCGCCAGCGGCUGACGGCGCUGGCGGUGCUGCUACCGGCGCAGCGGCGGCGCCGCGCCGGCGGGCAGGUGCAAAGGAUGAGGACGGGGAGGGAGAGGUCGGCGGCGGCGACGGAGGUGGCGGCGGCGGCGGCGGCGCGGACGCCAGCACUGGCCUGCUGUCUGAGGAAGCGUUGCAGCGCAAGCGCGCUGAGCUGGAGUCGCGGCUGGUGGCUGAGGAGCUGGAGCGGCGCGUGGCGGCCUACGUGGAGGAGCGCGUGGCGGCGGUGCUGGGCAGCGAGGCGGUGCAGCGCGAGCUCAGCAGCAGGCUGGAGCGGGAGCGGAGGGCCAUAGAGGAGCAGGUGGAGCGGGAGCUGGUGGCUGAGCGCGAGCGCUCCGGCCGCGAGGAGGAGGCCCGGCGCGAGGCCAUCCGCGCGCAGCAGCAGGAGCUGCUGGACCUGGAGGCGGCGCAGAGGCAGGAGGCGGAGGCUGCCGCCCAGCGGCGUGCGGAGGAGGAGGCGCGGCAGCUGGAGCGGCACUUCCUGGAGCUGCAGGCCAAGCAGGCAGCCAAGAAGGAGGAGGAGGAGCGCAAGAAGAAGGAGGAGGAGGACGUCAAGAAGCAGCAGGCGCUCAUCUUGGGCAAGGGCCGCAAGAAGAUGAGCUUCAGUCUGGGCUUCAAAAUGUGACGUGAUUGCUUGAAACUGUUUACGGUGCUGAUGUUGACGUUGCUAGCUCUGGCUUCUGGCUUGGGGAGGCAGUCGUUUGACCAUGCCCAGUAGGAACCAAGGGUGGGAUCGGUGGUGGGAGUGGUUUCGUCUCGUUGGAGUGCUGCAAGGCAUCUAGCCGUUGAGCAUAAUUGCGUAUUGGUUUGGGGGGCUUGGGAGUUGGGGGCGUGUGUAGAGGACGCGCAGCAGGAGGCCUCGCGCGCUGUGUGUGUGCUACUGGGCGGGUGUGAGCAGAGGUCCCUGCGGUCAGUGCGGUGAUACAACCCCAGGCUCUGUCCACCAGUUCGUAAGCAGCCUGCCCUGCUAUCGGCCGCUGAGGCUGUGUGUUGAUGUAAGGAUACGAGCGG